CACAGGCCCUCACAGCACCAUGUCAGGGCAGGGCUGUGGAGGGGGAGUUCGCCAGACCCCAGCUGCCAUGCUCUAGUGGACUAUGGAGCAGCAAGAUAUUCUGUGCCACUUCCUGCAGGAGCUGCAGGGAAAAGUCAACUCCAGGGAGAGCUUCGCCUCUGAAUUCGCAAGAUUAAAGAGGCAGUCAGCCAAGUACAAGACUGAGAAGACCUUUCCUUCUAAGUGUGGUGAGCUGCCAGAACACAUUAAGAAGAACCGUUAUAAGGACAUCUUACCAUUUGAUCACAGUCGAGUGAAGCUGUCUCUCAUCACAUCAGACAAGGACACAGACUACAUUAAUGCUAGCUUCAUCAAGGGGGUUUAUGGACCAAAAGCCUAUAUUGCCACACAAGGCCCACUACCAGACACAAUUCUGGACUUCUGGAGGAUGAUUUGGGAGUACAAUGUCCAGGUUAUAGUCAUGGCCUGCAGGGAGUUUGAGAUGGGAAGGAAAAAGUGUGAGAUAUACUGGAGCCCGCCUAGUGAGGGGUCAUUUCACUGUGGCCCUUUCUCUGUCUUGUGUCUGUCUGAGGAAAAAAAAAACGACUACAUAGUGAGGGUCCUUAAAGCCACCCUUCAAACUGAACAUCAUAUCAUCUAUCAACUCCAUUAUGUCAACUGGCCAGAUCACGAUGUUCCCAGUUCCAUCACUUCCAUUCUAGAAAUGAUAUGGGAAAUGCGUUCCUACCAAGAGGACGACCUCAUCCCCAUCUGUGUACACUGCAGUGCAGGAUGUGGCCGAACUGGAGCCAUUUGUGCAAUUGACUAUACCUGGAAGCUGCUGAGGGAUGGGAUUGUUCCGGAGAACUUCAGCAUCUAUGACCUGAUCCAAGAGAUGAGAAUGCAGAGACCAUCACUUGUGCAAACCAAGGAGCAGUAUGAACUGGUCUACAUUUCCGUGAAGCACUUGUUUGAAAAACAUUUGGAGAACAUGCCCAGAUUUCAGGACGCAAGUAUUGUUUCAAUGCCAUUUGAUACACCUCAAGCAGUACAGAAUCAGCCUGAGCCUAUACAUGAGCCAAUGUCUCACAGCUGCUCGCAGGAGAACAGACUCCAAGAAAAUCACUUCCAUGAGGUUGCACAGGAGCCCAACUCCAUAAGACAGACUGCCCUUAGGGAGGAAGCACCUCCUCUGCCAAGCAGACACUCCAAUCAGUUUUCCCGGGUGACACGGCGUUCAAUGUUCAUCAGAAGGAGAGAUGUGGAGGAGAACAAUGUUAAACGCCGGAGUCUGGACUUGAACAGAACAGAGGACUUGCUGCAGAGCUUGGGGUUUGAUUCCAGCCUAAUACCCCAAAAUGAGAGUCCUGUGCCCAGAAGUAGGGUAAACAUGGUCAUCCCCGCAAACCCUGUCCAGCAACAGAGGGCUUGCAAGAAUGAAGGACCAGCACAAUCCCUACAGGACAGUUUAACGUUCGAGGAAAACAGCUUUAUCCAAGUCAUACCAGUUCCUCAGGCGAAGAAAGUCCAAUUUCAAGAGAACAAGAACUUGUGCUCUGUUACCCCUACGGUCUGUCUCACAGUUGAAGAUCCCUAUUUCUCUCCAGUGUCCCCAGUCCCAAUUUUAACACUGAUUGAACCAGAGGAUAAAGAGGAGUGCAGGCAGGAGCAAGAGAAUAAUAUUGAUCAGUGGACGGAACACAUUUCAUUUGUCUGUGGGUUAUGGAGUCCUGACACUCUCAAACUUGAGAUCCCUGAGUCUGUUUCAGGAGUAGUGAGCCAAAGUGAUGAAGAAUCCCCACCACCUCUUCCGAAGCGGACGCCAGAGUCCUUCAUUUUAGCAAGUGAAGACGCACCUGCAUCACCAAGGACGCCACCUUUACCCAAGAGGACACCCGAGUCUCUGGUCCUAGCCAGCGAAGACUCUCUUCCUGCUGUCACACUUCCAGAAAUGUUUCGAUUUGGAACAUCAGCAGAAUGGUGCGGGCAACUGGACCUGAACAGCAGGCCAAUGGCAUUGGUCGAGAGGAGCAGGAGCAAGAGUUUGAAGGUCAAACCGUCAAGACCAGGGCGACCGACAUUUUCUCCACCACCAGUCCCCAAAGCUGCUCCAUCAACAGCAGUGAUUCUUGAGUCGCCUUCUGCACCUCCACUUCCAGAGCAAAUUCUCAGUUCAUGUUUACUGGCCAGUGAAGACACUCCACCAGAGGAAGCCUUGAAGCCCAUGGCAGUCUUGGACUCCAUACUGACUGAAAUUCCUUCAGAAUGUAGCAUUUCGCUGAACACCAACACUCCUCCAAUGUCUGAUAAAGCCACGGCCAUGAGCAAGAAUCUGGAAGUGAGAAGGUCCGGCUUGGAGCCCCUUGCUGUCAUUCCAUUCUUAUCAGGUGCUGUAAAUCUGGAAGAGGAAGCUGAACUACUGUUUCUGUCAACUCCACCACAGCCAAAAACAAAUGAUGAACUUUCAUUACCCGAAACCAAAGAUGAGUCUCCUUCUACACCUCCACUUCCAGAGCGAACUCCCCAUUCUUUUAUGUUGGCUAGUGAAGACUCAUCAAACGAGGAAGCUCAGAAGCCUCAUUUGACCUUUCACACUCCCAGGGUUGGCAUGUCCUCUGAGUGGUGUGGUCAUACACAGCCAAAGAGUAGUUUGGGCUCAAUGAGUAGGGCAAAGAGCCUGAAAGUCAAGAGCUCCAGACUAGAGCCUGUUACCGUCCCCUUUGUGCCUAAUUUUCAAAAUCCACCUGCAGAGUCAAUAGCAGCUGAAGCUCUGCCUGCCACGAGAACAACUGAAGCCACUGCACAGCCUGUGACAACUGCACAAACCGGUGAAAAAUCAAACUCCAAAUCCAUGCUGUCAUGUUUAACAAGGAACAAGAGUAUAAAGUUUUUUAAACCAGCAAGAAAAAAAAAGCCAAAUAAUUCUUCAUCAGCAAAUCCAAUGGAGCAGCCUCCUCCUGGCAAUUCCACCUCUUUCUUCAACUUUGGAUUUGGAAGCCGUUUCUCCAAACCCAAAGGACCAAGGAACGUUCCACCUGACUGGGUGUGAGGACUGUGUAAUGCAGAGGCAGCAGCUUUUCCUUCUUUACCGUUUUUAAAAUUAUCCACAGACCUUUCUGUUUUGCAUUUUUUAAUGUGGCUCUUGCUUUGUUUUCAAUUCAUCACUAAUGGACAAUUAGAACGUAACGUCAGUUUAUUUCUGUACAGCAACAGUGAAGAUGAUUGCGAACUUGUCGCUUUACUUUAUUAAACUGUUUCCAUUUUUUCGUUGGGUCAACUCCACAAAUGAUCUCAACCGACACAGAGACUUCCUAGUUUCGGCAAAAUCUGCACACAAUCAGAAGACCCUGAAUGACAACUUUGCCACCAAAUGGGUUUGCAAAUACGUUUUUUUUUUU